AUUAAGAAGGGAUGUUGGUUGCAAGAAGCAACCGCUAGAUUUGUUCGCACCCGAUCCACGCGGUGAACUUCCAUGGCCACUACUCUUCUUCUUCCUCCGAGAUCUCUUCCCUCUGCUUCUUUCUUCUUCUUUUCUCCAAUGGCGGGAACCCAAAUUAUUACCAGAUCCCAAUUUAUUACCAACCCCCUUUCUCCUUCAUACCUCUUUUCCUUUGCCACGUUUCUUUCUCUCAUUUUCCACACGCUCGCCUUCUAACCCAAGCAAUUCUUUCGAUUUCAUCAACCCUUUUCUUUCCCAAUCCCCUUCUUAUUCGCUCAAUUUCAUUCCCUUUUCCCCUUUUCGGGAAUGAAGUUUUUCGCUGUUUGUUUCCUUUCGUUAUGGACUCUCUCUCCCCUGUUUAGCUUCUUCUUAAUUUAAUUCUCAUGUUUUUCUCUUUCUUUCUAUCAUGCGUCCCAUGUGUUUUUGCGCCUUUCCGAUUUCGGUUUUGUUUCUGAAAGUUGUAAUUGGUCGUGAUUUCGAAUUUCGGAUUCUAGCUUGCCGUUAAUGGGGAAUGCUGAUGAUGUUCGUUCUGUAUUUCCUUUGACCAAUUUGCAAAUCGGCGACCUGCAGUCUUAUCUCUCUGAUCUUAGCCUCUUCUUGGCACCUGAGAGUAAAAGGUUUUAUAUCUUGGUGGACAAUCGGCCAUGGUUGAGAGAAUUUGGUUCACGGCCUGCUCGCUUAUGGCAGCUGAUGGUUACGAAGUCGAGGCUUUCUCCUUUUGCAAUUAGGAAAGUGCGGAAGGAUAGAAAUAGUGAACGGGUGGCCUAUCAGAGACCCAAAAUUACUAAACCAAAGAAGCUUUUGCGGUGGUUCCCAUUGGUCAAUGCAGUAACAUUGUCUAGAAAGAAACUUCUACUUCCUAUGCCUCCGGUGAAGAACCUUAGAAAAUCUUUUGUCCUUAACAAUGAACUGCAUAGAACAUUGUAUGGUUUUAUUGUUUUUGCAGUUUCAUGGGACAAUGUUAGAGGUAUAAACUACUUCAAUGAGCUUCAGACAGAUACCUCUGUCGCCAUAGAGGCUAAAUAUAUGCAACGAUGGGAAUUUGAUUCCAUAUCUCAAGCUGCAGCAAGCAUGUCUACUUGGUUCUUGGGUUCACCCACCGAUGGGAAACUGUUGAAAAAGUAUUUGGAGUCAGUUACAGGAGAAAUUUUUUACGAUGCAUUAGAUGAUUUCCACGAUGUUGAAGACAGUUACCUCAAUAGCAUUCCCAUUAUGGAGGACGAAAUUAUCUCUUACAAAAACUUGUACAUGAAUAAUGACUUUCUGGAGUGCGCUGAUGAUGAACUAAACCUACAUUCUACCACUGCAAAAGACAGCACGAAUACACUACAGACACCUCCUCCGACUGGUCCUAACAAGAGAAGAAAAGUAACAAAAUUUAUUGUCUCACAGAAUGAAGAUGAUACCUAUCUGGACGAGAGGAAAAACCGAGUUAUUGAUUUGGCUAGUGUCCCAGAGAAUCAUAAUAUUAAUUGUCAAGAUGUAGUUGAGGCCACACAAUACAAAGAUGUUUUAAUUUUGUUUAGGUUCAAUGAUCGGGACCUUCCAUUCAAGUUAAGGCAAGUAAUAAUGCCGGAUCUACGGUUGCUCACCCUGUUAGAAGCUGGUCUUCCAUCCUGGGUUAUCUUCCUUCAAUCUUACCCCGUGUUUUGUCAUCUCUAUCGUCCUUGGAUGUGCCCUCUUGCUAGGGCUUUAUACGUGCUGGUAUCAGUUAUCACAGUUCUCAUAGGAUUUUAUGAUUUAUACAAAAAUGUCCCACUUUUGAAGGCAGCAGCUUCUCGUUUGUGUGGACCCCUUUUGGAUUGGAUAGAGACUUGGGAGAUGGUAUCGAGGAUAAAAUACUUGGGAACAAUGCUGUUCUUACAUAAUUUUGAGAAAGCUGUUACGUGGUUUCUUACUAUUUCACGUACUACACGUUCUUUUCUUUCAAUUAUGGCUCAACCAUUGGCAGGUCCUAUCAUGGAACUUGUAGGAUUCCUACUUCCUGUUGGUAGUACUUUUAUCGAAGUUGUUGGGAACUUCUUUUCUGUGAUCUGGGAUGUCAUUGAAUUUUGUUGCACUAUGGUUGUUGACUCAAUUGAGUUGUUGUUCAUGCCAGUAUGGUUCAUUUUCUCAACUGUCUGGAGCUGUGUAACAAUGAUUUUGCUUCCUAUAUUGUGGAUCAUUUCCAAAAUCCUGUAUACUCCAAUUAGAGCCGUCCUUUCAUUAGCUAGUUUCAUCACUUACAUAUGCACCAGCAUUUAUGAUAUGUUCGGAGACAUACAAAUUUUUCUCAGUAGCGUUUUUCAAGUUGCUUCAGUUUCGGAGGCAACAGUCACUGCUUCUGAGGUUUCUGUUUGGCGCACACUUUGGAAUGAUCUCUUCUCCCAGGUUUUCCGAGCUGUUCGAAGUAUAUUAAAUGGAUUUGUUGCCUUCUUCACUGCUUGCAACAGACAUCGGCUCAGCAUCUAUAAUCAUGUACAGGAAUGUUUUGAAAGAUUAUCUGGACGAAUGAGAGGCUCAGAGCAGGAAGCAAGCAGCAGUAGACACAUAUAUAUGCCCCACCGCCUGACUAGUAUAUAUGGACAGUCAACGGAAACGUGCAAAGUUCACACGGAUUAGAAAUCUGUUGGUUUAAGCAGAUGAUUGGGACACAUGAGAUACAUUUCCCCUUGUGCAUAUUUAGUGCGUCUUAGUCGAAGGACUCAUGUCACAAGCAGCAUGUCUUAGCAGCGGACAAAGCAGUCUAUAAUUGCAUACUGUACAAAGUAGCAUUUAUUUUUCCUUUUCCUAUUUCAACAACAACAUCGAGCUGGGGGAUUCAAACUUCUUUUUGAACUCUUUGUAUGCCUAAACUAGUUGAGCUUAGGUUGACAGAAUAGAGUUGUAAAUCUUUAUACCUUUGGUCCUUCUCAUUACCAUUCCUCAAAAUCGAGAUCAGUUCUACUCUCCCUUCUGGGGAUGACGUAUACUUGUAAAUCUCUGGAUGUAAAUAAAGUGUAAAAUUAGUGUACAGAUUUUCCCUUUUAUUUCAAAUAUAUGUUGGGUAUACCAUACACCUAUCAGCACAGAAA